GUUUCUUCUGUUGAUCUUCUUCUUGGUAGACUGUUCAAUCCCAUCCUCAUUCUCCAAGAUUCAUCCAUUUUUGUUUUUUUUCAAAUUUCUUUGUGCAGUAGCAGUAAGCAGCAGCUUGUAGUAUAUAGACAGACAGGAAGGAGAGUGAUGAUGAUGAAGAAGGAUAUAUGAUUCGAGAUAUUGGAAGUGGGGCACAAGAAUUAGGAUUGUGGUUUUUCUGCUGGUAUGGAACUACACCACAUAUGUUGUGCAAGAAAAAAGAGAGAAGCAGGCAGUAUUGGUUGGAUUAGCUGGAAAAGAAAAGGGAAGGUGAGGAGAUGAGGGAAUGGAUGGAUGUUGCUUACCUCAGAGGAGACUUUGAAUUGAAGGGCAACCCCAGCAAGCGUCUAAUAUUUUUAUUGAUAUAUACCCUGCUGGGCUGCUGGUGUAUAUUAUUGUCCAACUCAUCCAUCUUUUCUAAAGUAAAAAAAAAAAAAAAAUCCUAAAGUAAAAAAAAUCCUAGGUCUAUGAAGGGGCUCAACCUCGCGAUAACGAAGCCCUUACCCUAAUUCGUUUGGAGAAAAAAGAAAUGGAAACGAUGAACCAGAGAGCUCUCAGGAUGAAGAUGGAUUAUUUGGAGGGUGGACGUCGCCCGGAAGACUAUAAACAUUCCGAUAUCCACAGGAACCUUAUGUUGCAAAUUCUUAGAGAUCCGACGAAUUUCUCCGAUGAAGUAAAGAUUAGCACCCUUCUAAGAUUUCACAAAGAUACAUGCGCCAAUUUGCUUUUACGCCUUUAUUCAUCCAUUGUUGAUGCAUCCAAGGACAUGGAAAUCCUUAAAGAAUUUGAGCCUAUACUGGAGGAUCUCAACAUUAAAGACCAGCUGACUCUUCAGGAUGCUGCUUACCAUGAUUUGAGAGCAAAAAAACAGCUAUUCCAGAUGAAAGCUGAUAUGUCGGUCUUUUUAAAAUCUUCCGACUCCCCCCUCCUAGAGGAUGAGCAUUUUAAGAAGUGGAUGCUGCAAAAAUCACAAUGUGAGGAUGACGUCGACUAUCAUAAUGAUGAGGAACGCCUAGAGGGUGUCGAGGAAGCAAUAUGCAGGGUACUUGAUAAUCUCCGAACGCUAGGAGCUGAUAUGUCCAAAUACCAAGAUGAUGAUCUCAAUUUCCAAAUCAAUGAUCGGGAAGCCACAAUUAACCAGUACACGCUGCUGGAGGACAAAGCAACAAAGACAUCAGAAAAAGUAUCUGAGCUGUUGGAAUAUGGGCACCCCUGUGCGUCGUAUAUAAGCGAUUUAAAACGUCAGGUUCAAAUUCUGGAAAAGGAAUCUGCUGAAGGAACGGUCGAGAAAAAGGCCGGUUCCAGAUCCGGACAAGGAAAACGCCGGUAAAGCAGCAGCAGCUUUGCAUUUGAAGAAGAAGGAACCUUUCCAAAAUGGAAGACAUUGCAUGAUAAAAAGUACGUUAGUUCUUCUCAUCCAGUAAAGGUUGCUCUAAGAUUAUGCCACUUAUUUUAAUUAUUAAUUUAAAAAAUAAUUAAAAGAAAAUGAAGGGGCUGAUUUUCGUUUUCUACUUUUUCACCCUGUUGUAUUGUGGGUUUUUUCUAUAUUACGUCCAAGGAUUCCAAACUCCUUUAAAUUGGA